CGGCCAGAGGGAGGGAAGGCGCGAGAGGGGAGGCGGGGCUUGAAAACGUUCCAACCAAUCGCCGCUGCCGAAGGGGGCGUGUCUUGGCAGAAGACUGCGGCCGUUGAGGAGUUUUCUUUUCCCUCGUUUCAUUCCUCGCCUGGCUGCCGGAGGGGUCGGAGAUGAGUAGCUGUCAGUAUGGAGAAGCAGGAAGGGCGGGGCUUGGCUACAAGUGGGGCCAGCAUUGGCCGUCUCUAGCCGUCAAUCAAAUCAAUGAGUAGAUUCCAGUUCCCUCAGAGUUAGGGGCAGAUGAGGCGAAGGAAGGAGGGAAGGGGCUUCGAGGGAGGAUGAUGAAGAAGAAGAAGCAGCAGCAGCAGCAGCCGCGCCGAGGCCCCCCCGAGGAGGAGGAGGAGGAGGAGACCUUGUGCUGCUGCGAGUACCUCGACCGCACGGGGGAGCGGAGCCACCUAGCGGCCUGCCUCUGCGACUGCCAGGACCUCGACGAGGGCUGCGAGAGGUGGCUGACUUGCCGAUCUUUGCCCCCGGGAAUGUUAGAGAGAAUUGCAGACACCUUCACGGACCGCUUUCGCCUCCCUUGGCUUAGGGGGGCUGUAAAGAUUGAUAUCAGCCUCCUUCCACCAAUCAUCCUGCUGCCUGUUUUCCUUCACGUAGCAGCUUUGCACUUCCUCCUGGCUCUUGUUACCCUGAUAUCACUUCCUGUCUUGGUGCUGUGGUAUUACUACCUUACACACAGGAAGAAGGGCCAGACCCUCUUUUUCUUAAGUCUGGGUCUCUUCUCCUUAGGCUACAUGUACUAUGUCUUCCUCCAGGAAGUGGUUCCCCAGGGCCAUGUGGGACACAGUCAGGUGAUUCUUCUCACAUGUGGUUUAAUCCUCAUGCUUGUGGCUUUGUCUCGAGCCAAGAGAGACCCGGGCUACCUUGACUGCCAAAUAAGCAGUGACGAAGCACUUUGCCAAGGCAGCAGCAGCAACAAUAACAACAUAUUAAACCGGAAUGGCCUCGGGAGUUCCAAUGGGCUUUACAGAGCAGCUGUAUCUGGAGAUACUGUGAAUAGUAAAACUGAGGGCAAUGCCAAAAUGUUUGCAGUGGGGCCAGGUGGGGACUGGUGCACCAAAUGUCAAUUGGUUAGGCCAGCUCGAGCUGGGCACUGCCGGAUUUGUGGUAGAUGUGUGAAGAGACUGGAUCAUCAUUGUGUCUGGAUUAACACCUGUGUGGGUGAACAGAACCACCAAGCCUUUAUCCUUGCUCUCUGUCUUUUUCUCAUCACCUCUGUGUACGGGAUUUCUUUGACUCUGGACACCAUCUGUAGGGGAAAAUCUACAAUCAAGGCACUGUUUCAUUGUCCUGGUGUCUAUGGAGAUUACAGUUCUGCCCUGUCCUUCACCUGUGUAUGGUACUGUACUAUUGUAACCUCCGGCAUGGCUUACAUCCUUCUCAUCCAGUUCUUCAACAUCAGCUACAAUGUGACUGAGAGGGAAGCUCGUAUUGCAUUGCGAGAGAAUAUUGGACGAAGGCUGUUGUGUGGCCUGGUGGUGGACACAGGCCAAUACAAUCGAGGCUUCUUGUGCAAUUGGAUCCAUUUCCUUUCUUUGCGUUCAGCCGUUUUGCACCACUCCGACGAAGACAUUGUAUGAAGUGGGCUGCCAAUCUUACUGGGUUAUCAUCCUUAGCUUAUUAAGGCAUUAAGAGCACAAAGCUCUCAUUUGCUGGAUACUAAGUAACAAUGCAGCAUUUUCUAAGCCAUAUUGUGGUUUCAUAUGCCAUGUUCUGUGUGCGAAGUUAUUCAUUUGAUAUGUUACAUGAUAUCUUAUGUGUACAAAAGAACCAUGAUAGACCAAACACCUGAUACCUAAGGCUCUUUACUUUUCUCUGAAGGCUAUUCAUAUAUUCAGCUGUUGGAUUGUCUUGUACAUUUACAUGUGAAUUAGCCAACAGAUUUCUGUAUUGGUGCUUGGGACUGUAGGUUGGAGUGAUCGUCUUUAUCAGGGCAUCAGCAAUCCAUUACAUGAUUUAGAGAGGAAUGUUCUCUUCAAUUCCAGUGCAGUAUCUUGAAUGUUGAUAUGGUGUUUCUCAAAAUUGAGCGCUAGUUGGCCUGUGAGAAUUCAGGAAAACUGAGCAGCAGGUUGCUGAGUGUGAGAGCUUUCUACAAUCCACAAAUACAAAGGCCAACUCCUCCAAGUUGCAAAGGUUUUGCUUCACAGCCACUAUAUUAAUUGAUGUACUAACCAAGAGAGCUGCAGAGAGGCAGACCAGAAUAUAAAUCAUGGAUCUAGCAGUAGAGUUUGGUGGUGGUUUGGCAACCAUAUCUAAUUAGUUGUUUAACAAUAAUUGAUUGAACCAAAGCACAAAUUUUACUACUAAAAGUUUUUGAAAAGUGAGAAUUGAGAUGCUAACCAUGUGUAGAUGUUGAAAAGAAGGGAAUAGAAGCUUUAUUCAGUUGUACUCAAAACAUGAUGGAUACUGUGGUUCAGGUUACGAUAGUGUAGUUCAAGCUUAAGGUCACUACAUAUGCUAGGGAGCCGUGGUGGCGCAGUGGGUUAAACCCUUGUGCUGGCUGAACUGCUGACCUGAAGAUCGGUGGGCAGUUCAAAUCCGUGAGACGGGAUGAACUCCCAUUUGUCAGGCCCAGCUUACCAUGCAGGGACAUGAGAAAAGCCUCCACAGUAUGGUAACACAUCUGCACAUCCCCUGGGUAACGUCUCUGCAGACAGCCGAUUCUCUCACACCAGAAGAGACUUGCAGUUUCUCAAGUUGGUUCUCACACCAUUAAAAAAAAACCCUAUACAUACUACUACAGCUCUAUACGUGGACUUCAUGUGUUCACCUGCAAAAAUGUUAGCUGUCUUUGGAUUGUGGAAUUCAAGGUAGUAUAGAGAAGUGUUUGAAUCCAAAGUUUGAGAAACAUUGUUUUAAGAUACUGUUACAAUGGAAUCAAAUGUACCAUGCUGCAAGUUGCUUGCAUUUUUUAAUUUUAGUAUUCAGUAGCAAAUUGUAUGCUUUCAUUAUGUUUUGUGCCAGGUGCGGUAUUAAAAAGGGAAUACUCCUGCACUUCAAUUUAUAUAGGGAAACUAGUAACCCCACAACAUUAAUUAACAUCUUUUCACUUUCUCCAUUACAAUAAUUGAGAUACUUUGGUAGUUCAACCAAGUGCCUUUGGGAUUUUGUUUCUCUAGGAGCUGAGAUUUGUGAGGUUCUUAGGUAGGUAAUAGCAUGGUUGCUGCCACCUAUCUGUCACAGAAUAUGAUUUUUUCCUAUGUAAUUAUUGCAGAUUUCCCAAUCUGAAAGAUAACUCAUAACAAAAGAUAGUACGCAUGGGCAAUCCAUGGUUCUAACGUACUUACAAAACUAAAGCUCUGGUGGUGAAAACUAGAGGGCGCUGGUGCUUUGCUUCUACAGUUUGCCAAAGUUCUGGUGAUGAAAAUUUCAUUAUUAUAUCAUUAUUGGCAAUUUUUAUGACAGGAACCAAUUAGGAACUACCGUUUAUAACAAAAUUUUGAAUUUUUUGUUAGAGUUCUGAAUUUUUCACCACCAGAACUUAGUUUUGUAAGUACUUUAGAACCAUCUAGAAUCAUGGAUUGCCCAUGCCUAAAAUAUAGCAGUUGAAAACUGAAAUAAUUACAUUGCCAGAAAUAGGCUCAAAAAAGCCUGUAAAUCAAAUGUAUAACAGUACAAAAA